GGUUCCCCAACCCAGAAGGGCAUUAUCACAUUCAGCCUGAGCUCCAACCGACAGAACCCCUUCGCCGGCGCCGCUCAUGAUGCUAUGUUCAACACGUGGCGGCGGACUCGCACGCAGAUUCUCUACUGGGCCCCGCCGUUAGUUAUGGCUUACUAUCUGAUGAAUCGGGCUGUGACGAGGUAUGAGUACCUCAACUCCAAGGCGGGUCGGAAGGAGUUUGGGGAGGAGGAAUAA